CAAGCUUAUCUAUUUCUAUAUAAAGCUUACUUUCCCGUUAUGUGUUACUCAGUUCUUUAUGCGGGAUAAUACUAGAAAGAAGAUGUGUCUGAGACCUUCAGAAUCAUUCCCGGACACACGCACACCCACGAUGACAUCAGCUUCGUGCCACAACAAACGUAAACUUAAGACACAAACCCAUCUCCGUGUCCUUAAUCUCACCAGGAGGAGAAGAAUACUGUGGGCAGAGAAGAAGAUGGAGAUGAGAAACAUGAAGCUCUUUCUAGAGAAUCAAAGCAUUAUACGAGAGAACGAGGCUUUAAAGAAGAAAGCACUUCUUCUCCACCAAGAAAAUAAUGCUCUCUUCUCUCUGCUUCAUCCAUAACUCUCCCCUGUUUCAUCCUCCUCCUUCCUCUAGUGAUCUUCAUGAAGCAUGUUUCUUUAGUACGUUUGUUUUCGCCUUCUCUACUAAAAUAAAGAAACCUCAGGCUCCGGACCCAAAGUUGGAGCCUAGAUUCAUCUAUGUACUAAAUAUUAAUAUAUAUAUCCAUGAUCAUCAUCUUCUUUUA